ACUUCGCGUUGGUGGUGCUUCAGGAUAUCUACGGCGAAAACGCUGAAAGAUUCGCUGCCGUAACAGUCGGACCGGGCGCAUAAAUCAGCUGCACAGACUCGUGCGGGAGAGGUGACGACGCCGGCAGGCCACCGCGUCAAUAAAAUGCAAAGACGGAGAAAUAAAGUUAAAGAUAAGCCGCCCACGGACCCACGCCGAGAGUACUUGGACGCCGAGUCCAGCGAUGAAGAGGAAAGGCGCAGUGAAGAAGAAGUGGCUAUAACGGAAGAGCUAGUUCCGCUAUACGAGGAGGAUGAAUUAAAUGCAUUGAUUCAGUGUGUUAAGGACAUGACGACGCUGAGCGGUCUGACGGACGACGAUUGGACGUGGAAAUGCGACAUGGACGUCCGCGAGUUCUUCCUCGAACCGAGCAUUCCGGUCCUCUGCAUUUAUCACGUGAACGGCAGUCUGACCACAGAAUUUUCAUUUCCUACGAUGCCCGUGCACGAGCUAACCUACUUCGUGAGACAGCCCAACGAGAUUCUCCGCCCGGAGAACUUUCGCGAGCGCAUUCUCUUCGGGUCGAUGAACGACAAGGUGGAGAGUCAUAUACUGGACGUCAUUCGGAACGUGUUCGCGCCGAUCUUCUUCGCAAUCGAAACCUGGCCCGACAUAAAUAAUGUACGUGUACAGAUCGCGAGUUACGGAACUUUAAUUGGGUCCAGACACGAUAUCCCGUCGGCCGUCUCGGUGGGCUCCCCGAGUGACCCACUUGAGAGAGCGAUAACGAGGUACGUUGUCGUAUCACGUCCCGGGAUUUUCUUUUCCUUAAUCGGCGCGCCCCGAAACACAUGUGUGAAAGCGGACUUCUGCACCCAGCUGGACACCUUCCUGUGCAAUUUAACGGACCUCACGUACAAAAUGCUGGGCUUAACCGUGAUAUAUGUACCUCUGGAGAGUAGGGAGUUCACCACGGAGGAGGGUAGCGCCGAUAAGGAGUUGGUGAAGAGGCUGGAGGGUGUGGUGGCCCAUUGGAACACCCAAAUCAAAAUAGCCCUCGCUGACCUGGAGCCGGCGAUCCAGCACGAGUUACUGUGCCUCGACGACGAAUAUGACUUCUGGACUUAUCGAUAUGACAAUCUCUACAGUUUGAAUUAUCAGCUGGGCAAAGACGCGGUGGAGCUCAUUAUCGACAUAUUAUUGGCCGCGCAGUCCACCUACAUACGUCAGUUCCUGAAGCUGAAGGACGCGAUCGAGCGCGGCAUGGUCGAGGUGAAAUCGAACCUCGAGUUCCUGAGCAUUCUGCAGGACACUUGCGCCGAGUUGAAGACUUGCGCAACUCCCGCGAGCGUGGCUCAGCACCUGCCAAAAAUGAUACAUCUCUUCAGGACGAUUUGGCUGAACUCCCCUUACUACAAUACCCGCGAGAGGAUGAGCAAUCUCUUCAGCGCGCUCAGCAACCAGAUCGUCGUCAUGUGCAAAGGCUUUAUCAGUCUGGCGGAUGUGUUUACGGGGAAGAUCAGGAAGAGUAUGAAGAUCUUCGACGAGUGCAUCAAACUGUGCGAGGAUUAUGAGACUCUCUAUCAUCAGAUCGCCAACGCUCACAUCAAUCUCACGUAUCACCCCUGGAACUUAGAUACGAAGAGCAUAUUUCGUUACGUCAACGUUUUCAUCGGCAGGUGUCAGGAUAUGAUCGAGAUUUGUCAAGCAAUGAUUGAUUUUGCAAGAUUGGAUGAGACUACUCAGAUUUUAAGUCCUAAAUUCAGUGGUACAAAUGGCGAGGAGUACGAAAGGGUAUGUCAAAAGAUCGAAAGACUUUUUUACGACGCCCUGAAUAGAAUUGAAGCGAAUUCGCACAAGAUUUUUGCCGUUCACGAAACUACGUGGCACGAUGAUAUGAUCGUAUUUCGUACCGAAAUGAGGGACUUGGAGAUAAUGAUCGAAAAUUUGAUAGCCAUCGUCUUCAUGAACGUUAAUAAUAUUCAAGAAGGGAUCGAGAAUUUACGAAGCUUCUACAGUUACUUGAAUCGCAAGAAUAUGAAGCUGCUCUUUGACAGCAAAAAUAGCAGCGUGUGGCAAAUCUUGGCCGACGAUAUCGAACGGACAAAGCAGGAGGUCCUGAACGAGAGGGAAGAAUAUUCGUCGAUCACUCCGUAUUACGUCGGCAGAGCGUUGAAUCUACGUCUGAAAGGUGACCGUCUGUUAUCGAUGCGAAAGAUGCUGGAAAAGGCCGAGUGGAUGCCCUAUUGCGGCAUGAGCGAGGAGAUCUAUCAUCAGGAGGACAUCGUGAUCAGAUCCAUCGAGGACUCCGUGAGGGACCUGUACGUAAAAUGGCUGCACGACGUCGGCGAUAACCCGCGCGCGCGACUCGAUCGUUACCUGAUGCGGCGCAGCGACAGGAGACCCGGCCUGCUGGAGUGUAACAUCGAUCCUAAUAUCCUGAAUCUCUGCCGCGAGUGUUUCUAUUGGAUCAGCUUGAGAUUCAACAUACCCGUGCACAUACAACUGAUACACGACAAGUGGGACACGCUGCACUUUAUCUACGAAAGUGUCCUCGCCGUCACGCUGGCGUACAACAAGAUUAUCGAAGCAUUGUCGCUGACAGAACGUGCGCUGUUUCGCGAAUUAAUUCGGCAGCUCGACCGGAAGAUCAAUCCCGGCUUAACCAAGCUGACGUGGAACACGGAUUACGUGAACUCGUACAUCGAGAAUUGUUUCAACGAAACGGCCAAUUUCCAGGACUUCAUCGAUACUUACAAGAACUCGAACUCGGAAAUCGUAAGAAUCUGCGAGAACAUCUGCGACGCUUCGAUGAUCAGGAUAAGGGUUAAUUACACGUACACAUUGCCUGCAUUCGAGAAGGAACUUUUGCACGUGAGAGACGAGGCGUUCCAAGUUAUGACUCAAAGACUCGAUAUGGUAUUUCUGUACGUCAUGGAGAUUUACGAGGGCUUCAAGAAUGUAAUACAAGAGAGCCGCGCGGAAUGGAAAGAUUAUUUAAUAAAAAUCGAUACGGUAAUUGAGGAAGCCAUCAGUUUGUGUUUAAAGAAUUCUUUGACCACCAUGUUCGAAGCCCUUCACGGCGCUGACACGACAGGACCUUCGCCUCUUCUAUUAAUGCAAGCGGAUAUUAUCGAUAACAAAAUAAACUUCGUGCCGAAUCUCUUGGAGAUAGCUACAGUGAUCGGAAACAUUUUGAAUAUUUUGCUGGACCCCUUGAAAGAUGUCUCGCGGCUAGUUAAGAAGUUUAAAAUGCUUCCAGAUAAGAGUUUUCUCUUUUCGCAGUUGUAUAAAGAGGACAAAGAAUUGAUUGAACUUCAACAGAAAAUCAAUAAUGAGGUAAGUUACAGUUUUGGUCAAGUACAAAAUUAUAUCAAGAUCUGGGAACCUUUCAAAGACGUAUGGGAAGUGAAUAAAGACUUAUACAUACAAAGAUACGAGAAGUUGAAGCCAACGGCGGCAUCCUUCGACGCGGAUAUAAGUAAAUACCUUGAUGUGACGAAUAGCGUCCAACUGCAGGAAACUAUGGCGACAGUGCAUUUCCUAGAUAUAAAUUUUGAUGGAUUGAAAGCCACUAUCAUCGAACAUUGUUCAAUCUGGCAACAGAAGCUCACCACACUUUUAUUACGCAUGACCGAUGGAAUGAUCGACCACGUUUAUCAUUACAUCGCUGAAAAUUCCACAAAAAUAACGAAGGAACCGACGGAUCUCAUCAGCAUGCAAUCGGCGCUGCAAUUGUUCGAGAGGCUCACCGCCGAGAUUCCGAAGGAGGAGGAAGAGUUCCCCAAGAUCCAGGAGCAGUACCAAACUUUGGAAAAAUACGAAGUGCCGCUGACUUACGAGUUCAGGAGAAAAUUAAAAGACAUCGACCGCUCCUGGACAGCUUACUUGGAGUUACUUGCCACGUGCGAAGUUACUUUGCUUGAAAAAAAGGAUGAAUUUAAGCAUAUAUUGUUGACUGACGCGACAAUGUUCGAAGUGGAUGUGUCCUCCUUGGUGCGCAGAUUUAACGAUACCGGGCCUUUCACAUCAGACUGGAAUUCAAAAGACGCUUUAAAUUGGCUAGCCACCUUCUGGAAGGAAAUAUAUUCCCUGAGAGACAGGGAAAGCCUGUUAAAAUCACAGCUGACGAUUUUUGGCAUAAAUUACCCGGAUUCGCAAGAACUGGCGCAACUCGAGAAAGAUGUAGCGGUGAUCGAAUUGGUGUGGCAAUUGACGGACGAAUGGAACGACGCUUGGGAACGCUACAAAACCGGAAAUUUCUGGACGAUAGAAUUGGAGGAGAUGGACACAACCGCUAAUAUCCUCCUCCGGAAACUCACGAAGCUCUGUAGGGAGCUCAAAGAAAAGAAUUGGGAGAUCGUCGAGAAUACCAGGUCAAGGAUCGAUAAAUUUCGACAUACAUUACCGUUAAUAACUGUACUGAAGAAUCCGGCGAUAAGACCGAGACAUUGGAAGCGAGUCAAAGAUACGAUCGCUCAGGAUUUCGACGAGACGUCGGAGGACUUCACCCUAGACGCGAUUAUUCGAAUGCAAAUGCAUAAAUUCGCGGAGCAGAUUAGCGAAAUCUCUAACGCAGCGACGAUGGAGCUCGCCAUCGAAAUCGGUCUCCAGCAUAUUAAGGACACUUGGGAGGCGAUGCCGAUUACGAUGGUUCCGUACAAAGACAGAGGGAUAUACCGAUUGAAGGCUGUAGACGACGUAAUUCAGACCUUGGAGGAUCAUCAGGUGCAGCUAUCGUCCAUGAAGUCAACAAGGUUCGUAGAGCCGUUCGCCCAGAAAGUUGAAUUCUGGGAGCGAACGCUGUCGACGAUCGGCGAAGUUUUGGAAAUGGUGCUGGUAGUACAGAGGGGAUACAUGUAUCUCGACAAUAUAUUCACCAGCGAGGACAUCAGGAAACAACUCCCGUUGGAGACGGACGAUUUUGACAAAGUUACAAGCGAGUUGGCUGAGCACACGUCAAGAAUAGCUUCCCUCGGCUUGGCGUUGCCAGCCACACAUACACGUACGUAUCAUCGGAGAGACAUUUCGCGGAAAAACUUAUCAUAUUACAACACGACAUUUAUCAUUUGCAUUUUUUCUCCGCUCUCCAUCACGGCGAUCCUGUUAGCCGGCUUGCUGGAAGUCCUGAACAAACUCAACGACAAGUUGGAGGCGUUGCAACUGGCGCUCGAGCAGUACCUGGAGACCAAGAGGCGCGUAUUUCCAAGACUCUACUUCGUCUCGAACGACGACAUGUUGGAGAUCCUGGCCAAUUCUAAACGACCGGACCUCCUGCAGCCGCACAUCAGGAAGCUCUUCGCGAACAUCAAGUCCCUGAAGCUCGGCAAGUCGCUGGCUGGGAAACAUUUGACCGACGGCAUGUACUCGAACGACGGCGAGUACGUCGAUUUCGUCGAGCCGGUUUUCCUGGAGGGUCCAAUCGAGUAUUGGUUGCGCGAUCUCGAGGCCGCGAUGAGGGCGACUCUGCGCGAAGUGUUGAGGCAGUGUCGGACAGCGCUGCGAAAAAUGCUCGCGAAACGCGACAGGUGGGUGAAAGAAUGGCCGGGCCAGCCGGGCGUUACGUCCACUCAGAUCCAAUGGACGAGCGACUGCACGCGCACCCUGCUGCACUGCAAGAUGGCGGACUCGAAGAAGCCGCUGCGAAGGCUGAGGAGGAGGCAGAAUCAGGCGUUGGACAAAUACUCGGAGGCUAUACGGGGCAAUCUGAGCAGGCUGGAUCGACUGAAGCUCAAGGCCGUCGUCGUCAUCGAGAUACACGCGCGAGAUGUUAUCGAGAAGAUGUACAAAAUGAAUUGCAAAGAUGUGUCUGAUUUCGAGUGGCUGUCGCAGCUAAGAUUUUAUUGGGAGACGGAUAUCGACAAUUGCAUUGUCCGGCAAACAAACACUCGUUUCGUGUACGGAUACGAAUAUCUGGGUAACACCGGGAGACUUGUAAUAACUCCGCUGACAGAUCGUGAGAUAAAGUGCUUUUAUCGAAUAAAUUUCACCAAACCUAACAACAUUGGAUCGUUGUUGGGAUUUUCAACGAAUCGUAUCCUGGAGCCGCAACAGUGGCAUGAAUCAGACACACCGAUAAAUAUCAUGAACGUAAACAUCAUUCGCAUCGAGUGCAACGUGACUACGGGUGCGUACAGCAAUGAGAUGAGCGUGCACACGAUACAUGAGUUUUCGCCAAACGUACCGCCAGGAUAUAAGAUCUCAGAAACACCGAAACAGAUCAUUUACCUUCCGAUCAUCGUACGGAGCAUUACGGACUUGACGAUUCGCAUUGUGGAUCAAGACGGUCGCUUACUUGAUUUUCGCGGAGAGGAAAUCACCGUUAGAUUGCAUAUUUUUACUUUGUACUCUCUCGCCCAGCAACAGCUUAGUAAGCAAUACCAUUACGACUUUGGUUUGCGAGGUAUAGUAACGCUGACUCGGUACGCCGGCAAAAAGAAACAGCUCUAUCCCAAUCUGCCUGACGAGGAGAUAAUUAUUCUCGCCAUGAAAGAUAUGAAUGUCGCCAAGCUUACCUCGGACGACCUACCGCUAUUCCUCGAUAUCACCACAGAUCUUUUCCCCAACGUAGACAUACCUACCGUGGAUUACGAGGAAAUUAUCAGUUAUAUAACCAGCGAGGCAAUCAAGUUGAAGCUGCAGCCAAUUCCCAUGUUAGUGACGAAAGUCAUUGAGCUGUACGAAACGAAGAGCUCGCGUCACUCAACGAUGAUCGUCGGCGCGUCGAACACCGCAAAAACCGCAACGUGGAAGAUUUUGCAGAAUACGAUGACGACAAUGAAGAGCGAUGGAAAGCCGGGCUUUAACACCGUUCACGUACAUCCCAUUAAUCCUAAGGCACUGAGUCUCGGUGAACUCUACGGCGAGUACAAUCUUUCCACCGGAGAAUGGCACGACGGAGUGAUAUCGUCCAUCAUGCGGAAAACUUGUUCCGAGGACACCGUCGACGAAAAGUGGAUCCUCUUUGACGGACCCGUGGACGUUGAUUGGAUUGAGAACAUGAACAGUGUCAUGGAUGACAACAAGGUACUGACGCUGGUAAAUAACGAUCGUAUCGCCAUGCCCGACCAAGUCUCGUUGCUUUUCGAGGUGCAAGACUUGGCUGCUGCCUCUCCCGCGACCGUCUCCAGAGCGGGCAUGAUUUAUAAUGAUUACAAGAACCUCGGUUGGCGUCCCUACGUCGAUUCGUGGCUGCAGAAGUACAGCGCCAAGCCGGAGUUCAUCGACGAGAUGAAUCGGCUGUUCGAGGGUCGCGUCAACGUCACGUUGGGAUUUAAGCGGCGGAAUUGCGAGGAACUCGUGCCCGUUCCCGAAUUAAACGCCGUUCAGUCGCUUUGCAAGCUCCUCGAAGUGCUCGCGACGCCGCAAAACGGCGUGGAGUUGGGCGAGGAUCGCGACGCUUUCUCCAACAUAUGUAAAAUGUGGUUUUUCUUCUGCAUGAUAUGGUCACUGUGCGCCGCGGUCAACGAGGACGGCCGCCAGAAAAUGGAUAAAUUCAUAAGGGAAAUUGAAAGUUUCUUUCCGUUACGGGACACAGUCUACGAGUACUACGUGGACGCGCGUAUGCGUACUUUCGUUUUAUGGGAGGAAAAAUUAUCGCCCGCGUGGAAAUUUCAAGCCGGUCUACCAUUCUACAAGAUAAUAGUACCUACCGUAGACACGAUACGAUACGAUUACAUCGUAAGUUCUCUUCUAUCGAUUGGUUUUCCGGUGCUCGUAGUGGGUCCAGUGGGUACAGGAAAAACGUCCACUAUCCACUCGGUACUUGAGUUUCUAGACGACACGAAAUACGCUGUUCUGCUUGUAAAUAUGUCGGCCCAAACUACAUCCGGUAACGUACAGGAUGCAAUAGAAAGCAGACUGGAGAAACGAAAGAAAGGAAUUUAUGUUCCCAUGGGCGGUAAGACUAUGAUCGCUUUCAUGGAUGAUUUUAAUAUGCCCAUGAAGGAAAAGUACGGAUCGCAACCACCGUUGGAAUUGAUUCGGCAGUGGAUCGAUUACGGAUUUUGGUACAACCGUCAGAAGCAAAUGAGAACGUACGUUGAAAAGAUACAAUUAAUAACUGCGAUGGGACCACCAGGUGGAGGCCGCAACGUCAUCACGAAUCGAUUAAUCACGAAAUUCAACGUCAUUAACAUGACUUUUCCGAGUGAGAGGCAGAUCAUAAGGAUUUACGGCACGAUGUUGAGGCAACAACUUUCCGAAUUUCACACCGAAGUGAAAGGGAUAUCGAACGAGAUAACGGCCGCUUCGAUCGAUCUAUACAAUCACGUGGUGCAGAAGAUGCUCCCGACUCCAACGAAGAUGCAUUACUUAUUUAACUUGCGGGACAUUUCGAAGGUCUUCCAGGGGCUGCUGCGCAGCCACAAGGACUAUCAGUAUUCGAGGCAGACCUUCCUCCGAUUGUGGGUCCACGAGAGUUUCCGAGUUUUCUGCGAUCGGCUUAUUGACGAGAAGGACAGAGAGUGGUUCGUGACUCAGCUGAACGAUCAGCUCGGAAAGUACUUCGAGCUGACCUUCCACAGUGUGUGCCCGGAAAAGAGGUGCCCCGUUUUCGGCAGUUUCAUGAAUGCCUGGAAUAUAUAUGAAGACCUUCCUGAUAUCGGUGCUGUAAGGCGCUACGUGGAGGAACAAAUGGAUGAGUACAAUGUUUCUCCUGGCGUGGUGCGCCUCGAUCUCGUUCUGUUUCGCGACGCGAUCGAGCAUGUAUGUCGCAUCGUUCGUGUAAUAUCGCAGCCUCGCGGUAAUGUUCUUCUGGUUGGAAUCGGCGGUAGCGGCAGACAAUCACUUUCGCGUAUCGGCAGUUACAUGUGCGAACUGUCCACCUAUCAAAUUGCCAUUACGGCGCAAUAUAGGACAUCAGAAUUUCGUGAGGAUAUCAAGACUCUGUACUCAAUAACCGGGGUGGAGAACAAACCGACCAGUUUCCUCCUCAAUGAUACCCAAGUAGUCGAGGAGCAGUUUCUGGAGAUUGUCAACAAUAUGCUGAGUACUGGCGAAGUGGCUAAUCUCUACAAGAGCGACGAAAUGGAGGACAUUAAAAAUAGACUAUCGAGGGAAGUAACGAAGGCUGGAAAGACACCAACGAACGAGGCGGUAUAUUCCUUCCUGAUCGAGAGGGCGCGUGCCAAUAUGCAUUUGAUCCUGUGCAUGAGCCCGAUCGGCGAUGCCUUCAGGAACAGAUUACGGCAGUACCCUUCCCUGAUCAAUUGCACGACCAUCGAUUGGUUCUUGGAAUGGCCGAGAGAAGCCCUCCUCGAAGUUGGCAACAAGUUCCUCAUGAAUCUCAAUCUGACGCUCACUAUCACCGGCGAAAAUAAAGUGGAACCGCGACCGUCCGCGACGGCUGCACCACUGCCGCCGCUGCAGGACCGAAUGCGCGAUGGAAUUGCGGCAUCAUUCUCCCUGAUCCACGACACAGUGUCCCAGUUCUCUCGCAGAAUGGCCGCUGAAAUGAAGCGUUACAAUUACGUGACUGCCGUGAAUUUUAUCGAGCUGGUGGCCGGUUACAAAGAAAUGCUGGCGAAAAAGAGGCAAGAUUUAGCAGAUCAGGCGAACAAACUUCGCGGCGGCCUCUCGAAGAUCGACGAUACCCGGGUGAAAGUUAAAGAAAUGGCGGCGGAGCUCGAAGUCACUCAGCAGCAAGUUCAUAAAUCUACGAGGGAGUGCGAAGAAUUCCUCGUAACGAUAGCAAACCAGAGCCGCGACGCUGAUGAAACGCAAAAACAGAUCACCGCCAAAUCGCUUCGUAUCGCCGAGGAGCAAAAAGAAUGCAAGAAGCUCGAGGAACUUGCGAGGGCUGACCUGGCGACCGUCGAACCCGCCUUGAACGAGGCCAUCAAGGCGUUGGAAACUUUGAGCAGGAAGGAUUUAUCUGAAAUAAAGUCCUUCACGCAUCCGCCGCCGAAAGUUGAGAUGGUGAUGGAGGCCGUGAUGAUUCUGAAGAACUCGGAACCCACGUGGGCGGAAGCGAAGCGCCAACUUAGCGACGUGAACUUCAUUAAUACGCUUCGUGACUUCGACAAAGAUCAUAUAUCGGACAGAGUUCUACGAACAAUAGCCAAGUACACGUCCAAUCCCGAAUUCGAUCCCAUAAAGGUCGGCGUGGUGUCUGCUGCAGCUAAGUCACUUUGCAUGUGGGUGAUAGCUAUGGAAAAUUACGGCAAGCUGUUCAGAAUCGUGGCACCGAAACGGGAAAAACUGCGGAUCGCGUUGGAGUCGCUGGAACAGAAGGAAAUGGCCUUAAAGGAGGCGAUGCAGCAGCUGCGCAACUCACGCGAGCAGCUUGAGAGAUUACAGCGAAUGUACGACGCGAAGAUGAAAGAAAAGGAGGAUUUGAUUAGGCUGGCUGAACUAUUAAAGCUGAAAUUAGAGCGUGCCGCGAUGCUGGUGGACGGCCUUUCCGAUGAACGAAUUCUGUGGGAGAACACGGUAGCGUCAUUAACCGAGUGUUUCGACUGGCUGCCGGGCGAUUGUCUGAUAUCUACUGGGUUUGUGUCUUACCUCGGUCCGUUCGUAUCCAAUUAUAGACAGGAAUUAAUAAGCAUUUGGUCUAAGGAGGUGUAUGAGAGAGGAAUACCGACAUCGCCGAAUCUAGAUGUGAAGGAGUUCCUAGCUGAUCCGUCGACAAUCAGGGAGUGGAACAUUCAGGGCUUACCGUCCGAUGGAUUCAGCACGGAGAACGGCAUCAUAGUGACACGGGGAACACGUUGGCCUCUCAUGAUCGAUCCGCAAUGUCAGGCGGUGAAGUGGAUCAAAAAUAUGGAGAAGAAAAACUCACUGAAAGUAAUCGACUUUGGUCAAGCGGACUUUAUGAGAGUUCUGGAAAAAGCAAUUCAGUUCGGAAACCCAGUGCUGCUCGAAAAUAUUGCAGAGACCCUCGAUCCGGGUUUGAAUCCGAUUCUUCAAAAAGCUUUUAUUAAAUCAGAUGAUCAAGUGUUGAUCCGAUUUAACGACAAAAUGAUCACUUACAAUAAGCAAUUCCGGCUGUUUAUGACUACGAAACUCUCGAAUCCCCACUACGCUCCGGAGAUUUCAACUAAAACGACAUUAUGCAACUUCACCAUUAAGGAGCAGGGGCUCGAAGCGCAGCUCCUAGCAAUUGUGGUCAGAAAAGAGAAGCCGCAACUUGAGGAACAGAAAGACAAUCUGGUUCUCACAAUUGCAUCCGAUAAACGGACUCUCAAAGAAAUGGAGGAUAAGAUACUUCAUUUACUGAGCGUGGCGGGAGAGACUCUUCUAGAUGACUUAGACCUGCUGAAUACCCUCCAGACAUCAAAGGCGACGUCUAUCUCCAUUCAAGAAUCUCUGGCUGUUGCUGAACAGACAGAAAGAGAGAUAGAUCUAGCGAGAGAAGGAUAUCAGUCGUGCUCGAGGCGUGCCUCGAUUCUUUUUUUCACCUUGAACGACAUGAGCGUUAUCGAUCCCAUGUAUCAGUUCUCCCUCGACGCGUACAACGCACUGUUUAUGCUUUCCAUUGACAAGAGCCCCAAAAAAAUAAAUUUAUCCGAGAGAAUCCAUAGCUUAAAUGAUUACCAUACGUACGCGGUUUACAGGAACACGUGCCGAGGUCUCUUCGAGCAGCACAAGCUACUCUUCUCCUUCCACAUGUGUGUCAAGAUAUUGGAUGCGCAAGGUAAGAUCAUCCCGGGAGAAUACGCGUUUCUGCUGCGCGGCGGGAUCGUGCUGGACCGGGAAAAUCAGCCGGACAAACCCGUGCCGUGGCUGCCGGAUGAAACUUGGGACAACAUCACGGAACUCGACAAGCUGCACGGAUUUCACGGACUCGUUUCUUCCUUCGAGCAGCUCCCGCGAGAUUGGCACAAUUGGUACAUCAGCACGGAGCCGGAAGCUGCACCGCUGGUCGGCGAAUGGGAGGAAGGAUGCACCGAGUUUCAGAAAAUGUUAUUCAUCCGCAGCUGUCGACCUGACAGAAUAUCUUUCUGCAUCAUGACCUAUAUCGUGCGCAAUCUCAGUCCGAGUUUCGUGGAGCCUCCUGUACUCGAUCUGAAAGCAGUGUUAGGCGACUCUGUGGCGCGGACACCAUUGAUAUUCGUUCUUUCGCCCGGCGUGGAUCCCACCAGUGUGCUCACGCAAUUAGCGGACAGUCAGGGCAUGACUGCUAAUUUCUUGACGUUAUCACUAGGCCAGGGACAAGCUUCUAUCGCUACAAACAUGAUAGAGAUCGGUGCCAAAGAAGGGUCUUGGGUAUUUCUUGCGAAUUGCCACCUCUCGCUCAGUUGGAUGCCCAAGCUCGAUAAAAUCGUGGAAACGCUCGGUUCCAGCCAAACUUUACAUCCAAGAUUUAGAUUAUGGCUUAGUUCAAAUCCGACUCCUCAGUUCCCCAUAUCGAUCCUUCAAGCCGGGAUAAAAAUUACUACCGAACCGCCAAAAGGAUUAAAAGCGAACAUGAAGCGCCUUUACGGUUUAAUCACCGAAACGCAGUUCGACUUGUGCCAAGAAAAGUCUAAAUAUAAAAAGCUGCUGUUCACGCUGAUCUUCUUCCACUCUAUUCUUCUGGAACGGAAGAAAUUCCAGCAACUCGGUUGGAACGUGGUCUACAGCUUUAACGAUUCCGAUUUCGAGGUUUCCGAGAAUCUGCUGCAAGUUUACCUGGAUGAAUAUCCGGUCACGCCGUGGGAAUCUUUGAAAUAUCUCAUAGCAGGUGUUUGUUAUGGUGGUCACGUGACCGACGACUGGGAUCGCCGGUUGUUGAUGACGUACAUCCAGCAAUAUUUCACGGAGGACGUCCUGACUACCCCUCAUUAUCGUUUGUCAUCACUGCCCACCUAUUACGUGCCUCGCGACGGCUCCUUGGAGUCCUACCGCGACUUCGUCGCGAUUCUGCCGAGCAUCGACAGGCCGGAAGUGUUUGGUCAGCAUCCAAACGCGGAUAUCGCUUGUCUAAUAAUGGAGGCCAGAAACAUGUUUCAGACUCUAAUGAGUCUUCAGGUGCAGACGGUCAGCGUCGAAAUGGACGAGGAUAAGGAGAAGAAGGUGAUGCAACUCGCGAGCGAUAUUCUCUCGAAAAUACCGAAAACGAUCGAUUACGAGACAACAGAGAAACUGAUAGGGCCGCACAAAACGCCGCUGGACGUGGUGUUGCUCCAAGAGAUUGGACGGUAUAACGAGCUGUUGAUAAAAACCCGCCAGAGCCUCGAGGAGCUUCAGCGUGGAAUUAAAGGAUUGGUGCUGAUGUCGCGGGAGCUGGAAGAAAUCUUCGCGUGCAUACACGACGGGCGAGUGCCGUCUCUAUGGCUGACCGCGUAUCCGUCUUUGAAACUGCUCGGCGCCUGGACGAGGGAUCUAAUCAAUCGAGUCGAGCACUUCGCCAAUUGGGCUCAAACCACUCAUCCGCCAUUGCUCUUCUGGCUAGCUGCGUAUACAUUUCCAACUGGAUUCCUUACUGCGGUACUACAAACUUCGGCGAGACUGUGGAACGUAUCUAUCGAUUCGUUGUCAUGGGAGUUUACUGUCUUCUCAACGGACGAGUCUGCUAUAAUCGAGCCGCCCGUGGAGGGUGUAUACGUGUGUUCCAUUUUUCUGGAAGGCGCCGGCUGGGAUAAAGAGAAUGGCAUUCUUAUCGAGCCCGCGCCCAUGCAACUUGUAUGCAACAUGCCGGUGAUUCAUUUUCGACCCGUCGAGCAAGUUAAAAAGAAAGUCAAAGAGUUCUACAGCUGUCCUUGUUAUUAUUACCCCCAAAGGAGCGGCGCCCAAAUGAGAUCUGCGUUCGUAGUUGCUGUAGAUCUCAAAGCUGGAACACAAGGUUCGGACUACUGGGUGAAACGCGGAACUGCGCUUUUACUGAGUCUGGCCGUAUAAAGUUUUCAGCUAUGUACAUUAAUUCAUGAUUCAUAAGCCUCAGUUUAACUUUAGCAAUAAUAGAAAUGUGUAAUAUUGAGCUCCGUUAAAAUAGCUUAUUAUUUUUAUUACAUUUCUUCAUAUUUUCUCGUUCUUCUUUUUUUGUUUAUUUAUGUUAUGUCA